AUGAGCCUGGGCUUUGUUUUGGGGACUCCGCUGUACUUUUGUGGACUCGAUCCGUGCGUAGAUGAUGAGUUGAACAUCCUGCAGGAGAUUUCUUCUCAGGUGUCCAACAGCAGUAACUCUUCGCUGACGGUGGAGGACGGCAGGUGUCCAGUUCUGCAGGUCGGCCUUUACUCCACUCUGGCCCUUCCUCUACGACAGAUCCUCACUGAUGGGCUUCCAGAUGAGUUCAGUUUACUGGUGCACCUGCGUAGUCCUCAGAGACACGAGCGCAGCGUCUUCACCAUGCUCAGCCCCGACAGCCACGUCAUGCUGCAGCUGAGGGUCAGCGCCUCCGCCGUCAUCUUCAUCGGAACACAGCAGCGGCAUUAUGAGUUCCCCGUUGCCGGUCUGUCUGAUGGGCAGUGGCACCGCGUGGCCAUCAGCGUGGCGUCCAGGCGUCUGGCGCUCUACGUGGACUGUACUCUGCUGGAGAGCGUGGACUGGGUCUACCACGGCAUGGACAUCGGCACCGACGGGCUGCUCAUGGUCGGAGGCAUCAUCGAGAGCUUUGAGACUCCGUUUGAGGGUGACCUCCGACAGCUGACCUUCCUGAUGGGCGACCCGGACGCCGCCCACAACCACUGCAGCCGCCACCCACCCCGCUGUGGAGAGACCGCCUCCAAGUCUCAGCGCUCUCCAUGCACCGACAACGCUCUGGAGAACCUGCUGCUGUCCUCGAACGACCUGGAGGCCCUGCUGGGGGGGGAUCCUGAGGACGAGGCCUUUCUGGGCUUCAGCAGAUCUCGCCGCGGUGCACAGCCUCGGGCGUCUGAGGCCCCGUCCCCCGUCCCACCUCGUGUCCUCGGCUGA